AUGGGUAAGAGAAUUGAAAAAUAUGACUUACCUAAACUUGAUCAUGGCCUGGAUAACGGAAUUAUACAAGAAUGCAGAGAAAUAAUGGAAGAAAAGUCCAUAAUAGUACCUCCAGAAGGUUUUGAUGCACACUUAAAGCUAAAUCCUGAACAAAAGCAAGCAUUCAACACUAUAUUGCAAAGAGUCAAUCAGCCAGAGGCAGGAUUGUUCUUUGUAGAUAGACAUGGGGGCACCGGAAAAACAUUCCUAUAUCGCACAUUACUUGGAAAUAUCAGAUCAAGAGGCUUCAUAUCGUUAGCAGCGGCAACAAGUGGUGUGGCAGCAACUCUUUUACCGGGGGGACGUACGGCUCAUUCUAGAUUUGACAUACCGCUUCAAACAACUAAUACAACAAUCACACAUAUGUCAAAACAAAGUGGUAGAGCUAAAUUGAUAAAACAAGCAAAGCUGAUAAUUUGGGAUGAAGGACCUAGGGCCAACCGUCAUACGAUUGAAACGAUCGAUAGGAGCUUUAGAGACAUACUGGAAGUUAAUGAACCCUUUGGUGGAAAAAUAAUAGUUUUCAGAGGUGAUUUUCGUCAAGUGCUACUAAUAGUUCCAAAAUCUGCCAGAGUUGAAACGGUAAAUGCAUGCUUUGUAAAAUCCUACUCAUUCAGUGAAUUCUUACUACGUAUAGGUAACGGGGAGGAACCAACAAUAAGAGAUGAUUUGGUACUUCUUCCAAAGCAAUUGGUUAUCGAAAAUAAUGGUGAUAGUACUGGUGAAGAUGCCUUGAUACGGAAAAUAUUUCCAUCGUUAGAUAAAAACGCAAGUUGUGGAAAAUACAUGACCGAAAGGGCUAUCCUGACUAGUAGAAAUGAAUAUGUUGAUCAACUAAAUGAGAUGUUAAUUUCCAAGUUUCCCGGUGAAAGUAGAACAUUUCUUAGUUUUGACUCUGCAGAGGAUGAUACCAACAAUUACUAUCAGGAAGAUUACUUGAAUACUUUAACACCAAGCGGUCUGCCUCCACACAGGUUGGUUUUGAAGAAAAAUGCUCGCAUCAUGUUAUUAAGAAAUUUGGAUGCUUCAAAUGGUUUAUGUACUGGUUCAGAAGAUAUGCAAUUACAUUGA